AUGGCGCCCUGGGUGGGCGCAGGGCUCCUGCAGCUCACCCCCGUCGGCGCCCUGUGGCUGAUCCUGGCCUGCGCCUUCCUCCUGGCCCUGCUGCUGCAGACCGUGCCGCCCAGCGCCUUUCCCCAAGGGCCCCUACCCCUGUCCACCUUUUUCCACGACCUGAUUCGCUAUGGAAAAACCAAGAGUGUGGGGCAGCAGCGCCCUGCCUCCUGUGAGGUCUUCGAUGUCCCCAAGAGGUGGUUUUGCCAUUUCUAUAUCAUCUCAGUGGUGUGGAAUGGCUUCUUGCUUCUGUGUCUUAUCCAAGCCCUGUUCCUAGGAACACCCUUUCCAGUGUGGCUUCAGGAUUUGCUCAGAAAACUCGGGGCUUCACAAAUGCAAGGUGAUGAGCUGGUGCUGUCUGCCUUCUUGGUGCUAGUGCUUAUGUGGCUCCACAGCGUCCGAAGACUGGUCGAGUGCCUCUUCAUCAGCGUGUUCUCCGACAGCGUGAUUCACGUGGUUCAGUACUGCUUUGGAAUCUCUUAUUAUGUCAUUAUCGGCUUCACCGUGCUGAGCCAAGUGCCAGUUGACAGAAGGAAUGUUUACACAGGGAAAGGUCUGUUGAUGCAAACACGUUGGUUCCAUAUCCUGGGGAUGAUGAUGUACGUCUGGUCAUCUGUCCAUCAACACAGGUGCCAUGUCAUCCUGGCUAAUAUGAGGAAAAAUGAUUCAGGAAAGGUCAUUCACUCUAACUACAGAAUUCCUUUUGGAGACUGGUUUGAAUAUGUUUCUGGCCCUAAUUAUUUUGCAGAACUGAUGAUCUAUGUGUCCUUGGCCGUCACCUUUGGAUUCUGUAAUUUUACCUGGUGGCUUGUGGUAUCAUACGUCCUCUUCAGCCAGGCCUUGGCUGCUGUUUUGAGCCACAAAUUUUACCUGAGCAAGUUUGACUCCUAUCCAAAGCAUAGGAAGGCUUAUGUGCCGUUUUUGUUUUAAGAUUGUCUGCAUCUUAAAAACAAACAAAACAAAACCUUUUCAGAUUCUGAGCAAGAGAAUUUACAUUCCCAAGAGCAAAAGUGAUGAGAUAAUGGUGUUAAGAGGAGAAUUAUUUGUUGCUAAGGCUUGGUGUGCUGGACAGAACUAUCCAAAAAGAUUGCUUCCAUUUUUAUAUGAAAACCAGAAUGGAUAAAAUAGCCUCAUGGACAGAAAGAAAGAAACUUCAAGAAAUAAGUGGAGGAUUUCUAGGAGGAUUCUAGUUCUACUUCAUCAUAAGUGGAACUUAGAAAGAAAAAAAAAAAAACAACUGCAAUGGAUGAGACUUUUCUAGGCCACUUCAAAGCACACCAAGAAGAACUAUUACUAUGUUUCAGGAAAAAAAAAAAAAAAGAAGAGGAAGAAAGAAAUAAGAUGGCCUGUGGCUCUGGAUGGUUUGUCUAGUCAGUGUGAGGUUUACUAACUGGGCUGUACAGCAGAGGCCCAUCAAGAAUGUAGGACACUCCUCCAGUCUUUUUUGUACUGUCUUAACAUCUGAAGAUGACAAAAUAUUGCAGCAGCUUACAGGCGGUUUCAGGGAAAACAAGUUUUUUGGAGCUAUCUUGUGCUUUUGCAAGCCACUAUCAGAAAGCUCCAAGAACUUGGAAGCACGUAUAGACUCCUUGCUUGGUUCGCAGUCUAACUUGAAUGCUCAGCGAAAAUCCCAUUUUCAGGUUGCAUGUCAUGGGACCACCUUGUAGUUGCAAGCUUCUUAAAAUGACAGCUUUUUUGACAGGUCAAGAGCUAAGUUGUCUUGAACUGGCUGGCUCCUGGAUGCUUUGUAGCAAAUAGCGCUGGACGAAGUUCUCUCAUUAUCAUUGUCCGACUGACUCAUGUUUACCUGAGUUGGUUUCCAUUAUGUGAGGAGCCUUCAAAUACCCUAACCUAUUGGAUUUAAUCAUUUAAGCAGCACUAUGUAAACAAAUGGUGACAUGCUGACUAGCCUCCCCACAAAAGUUAUUGAUACUUAACCUUUGAAAGACUUAAAGUAUUUCUGUUCUCAGACUGAAAAAGUUCACCUUUACGUAGGAAUGGGAUAAUGUUUACACUUCUAAUAAUAAGCCGUUAAGAAUUAAGUAUCAUCCUUGAUUAAUGAAAGAAUGAUAUGUAAUGCAUGAGCAAAGGAUCCCUAAGCAGGAAAAUAUAGUCCAGCCCCCUCAUUGGAAUUCAGUGCAACAUUAAGAAUAUAGCACCAGACUUUCCGUUUUGUAGGUUGAUAUUACUUCUAAGUCAAAUUACUUUUCAGCUCCCUUACGGUAAUCUUGAGUUCAUAAUUUUAAAAGCGCAAAGAUGUGAUGACUGUGUUGUCCUCUAAGAGCAAGUGCUUUUGUCAUUGGCUGGAGGUGUAAUGAUGCAUAAUCCAAAAACAUUCUAUUCCCUGAAGAAGUACAGAUAAAUCAGAUGCUAUUGUUGACCUCUUUUCUAACUUCAGGUUUUUUGCUAGUAUCAAAUAUAUGCCUGACUAGGCACAUUCUAAAGUUAUUAUCCUAUUCUUACAGAAACACUGCCCUUUGUGAUUAUAUCUAAUUUUGUGAAUAGGAGAUAUUAGUGUGUUUACCUCAACCAAGUCAAUUAUGUUUUCUGGUAUGUGUAUGCCAUGUAACUAUACAAUUAGGACAAUUGUAUAGAUGGUAGUAGAAGCAGGGAAAGAAGAGGGAUGUGAGCCAUUGUUCCUUUUGAGUUUAUGCAAAAGCUGCUUAGAUUUCUAAGAGUUACGGUUCAGCUGACCUGUCAUCUCCCUUAUAAGUGAAUAUUUGUAACACAAAACCAUUAUCCUCUACUAAUGGGAAUCUACCUUCUUACAUGUUACUACAGAAUCCUUUUUUUCCCAAAAAAAAAAACCAUUAGAAGCUUCUUCCUCUCUUUUGUUUUCUCCCUUAAUCUUCACUUCAUUAGAAACCAUGCUCCUGCUGGCCCAAAUAUAAUCUAUGCUUUUCUCCCCUCCCAAAUGUGGCUUGUAUGAAAUUUAAGUGUAGUCUAUAAGCUUUGGUGUUUUGGGUUUUUUAUUUUUCUAGUUUGUCUCCAUGUAUUUGUCUUUCCUUUCAGAUUUAGCAGUACAGCCUAUAUUCAGACCAAUGGUGUAAGGUUUUCCAGAGAAAUACAUCAGUUAUCAGGAGUAAAGGGAGACUCUUUAGCAUAGCUCAGGAAUGAAACUACUUCUACUCUGGCAAUGUCAAACACAUUACAGUCACUUAUUGAUUUAAGCCCAUAUGGUACAAAUAAUCCCAAACAUCAGAGAAUCAGAGUCAUUUGUAUUUGGCUUUAGAAGACAUUUUUCCAACUCAAUAUGGGAAUAUAGACUAUAGCAGCAAUGUGCUAAGCCCAACAAGGGCUGGGCUUGAAAUCGGGAAGACCUAGGUUCAGAUCCCAUCCUCUGCCGGUUAUUAGCUUUGUGACCCCUGGGUAAGUCAUGCAACUCCCUAGGAUUGAUCUACCAGAUCAUAGAGGGGUCAUAAUGUUCAUUAAUUGAAGGAGUUCCCUAUGUAGGGAAAUCGCCCAUCUUUUGAGUUUUUGUAUUUUAGAAUUUAGAUCUGUCUGAUAUUCCAGGAAUUUAAAGGACUUCAAACCAAAUAAUAAGUCCCCUGUGCAGAAGUCACUGUUACUAGAAAGUUCUUAAGUUUCAUCAUUCUGUCUUCCUCUUCCUGGUCCUCUUUAUCUCUUUCUAAUUUUCCAGGAUAAUUUGAGUUACACUUGUAGAGACAAUUGUUUUGAUUUUUAAAGCCAGAGAGGUCCAGUUGUAGAACCCAGAUGUGGGCUGGAGCCUAACAUCUGCCUCCCAAGGCCCUUCCAGCUUUUGUGGGGCCGUAGACUAAGCAGGGGAAGUGGGAAGGUCACCAGAGGAGCUGAAGGCAGAGAAAAGAGACCUGAGCCAGCCAUUGGCCAUUGACUUGUUACCUUUGGCUAGAGAAUCCUUGCAAAACCGGAGUCAGCAUUGUACUCUGAAGGAUCAUGGUGAACAGCUCUUUGUACCUAAGUGAAAGCUGUCAAAUUCUUGGAAAAUUCCACAAAUAUCCUACUCUGCCAAUGUAGAAAUGUUGCAGUGGUAGUAUAAAGUCUUGAGUUCUUCAAUUGGCUGCCUUUGGCAAUACUGAGGAUUAACUCAAUCUCUCUGACUUUGUCUGUACAAUAUAAAAGAUAAUCAUGUGCUACCUCAUAAUAACAUCGUGUGGCUUACCUGGUGACCAAAAAUGUACUGAGAAGAAGUCAUGUGUGUGACUCCACAGUUUAGCUCUCACCCUUGUAUACUAGUGUUGGCCUUCAAUAAAUAUAAUUUGGUUAGCCUUAUCCCUUAAUUAUGUUCUGUACUUCAAGGAUCCAAAAUUUAAUUUGUGGGGGUCUCCCCUCUGCUGAUGCAGAUGACAAACCAACCUCUACACAAGCCUUAGUAGAUGUUUUCAUAAAUUGUACCCUCUUCUCCCCUCCUCCCAACCCCCCCCCAAAAAAAAUGUAUACAAUGGCCAGCCUUCUAGUAUUUUGUCUCUCAGCUUAGCUAGGCUGGUCUGUAAGCAACAGACACACAGUCUGUCUCUGGACCCCUUCAUGGAGCCUUUUUAGCUUGUUAUGGCUAGAACUGGGACUCUGCUGGCAUGGCCUUUGAGGGCAGAAGGUCUUCAUCACAUCAUGAUAAAGCAUUAGGCCCUUAGGGAAGCAGUUGUAUUUUGUAUUAUAUAUUUACUUCAGUUUACUGGUGCUCAUAGAUAUCCUGCAAUAAAAUAAUUUUUCCAGA